AGGUGCUGCGGGGCGGGCGCUCGCGGAUCAGUGUGCGCGUGUGCCUUCGCCUGUGUGUGUGUGUGUGUGUGUGUGUGUGAGUGUGUGUGCGCGUUAUCCCCUCCCUCAGAGCGAGCGCGAGCCACGGAGAGCAGAGACGGAGCAGAGUAAACGGCAGUCGGUGUGAACGUGAACGGACGCUCCGCUUUUCUUCUUCUUCUUGUUGUUGUUGUUGUUGCGGAGGUCGGAGUGUGUGUGCGGUUCAUUUCUUUCGUUCCGCGCGAGGAUGAGGAGAACGAGCGCGUGAGUGAACUAAACCCACCGGAGCACGCGCACCCGUAACGAUUACGGAUCGGAUCUGCUCGCGAGAGGAAACUCCAGCUUUGGAUCGUGUGUGUGUGUGUGUGUGAGAGAGAGAGUGUGUGUGUGUGUGUGUGUGUGUGGAUGAGACUUCGCUGUAACGAAGCUCCGGAGCGACAACACGGUCCCCACAAUGUGUGAAUAUGACUGACUGAAAAAGUGUGGCUUUCUUUAUCAUUGCUGACAGAGGUUGUUAUCAACGUCUCCCACGGCUCAUUGUCCAGUCUGAACCAUCUCUUUGCACCAAGAACUCCAUCAAACAUCCAGUCACAGCCCCUGCUGUAUGCUGAGAACUACUAGCCAUCCAAUCAGAACCACAACAUCGAGUUGCCCAGUCAAAACCAUUGGAGUGUACCAAGAACUGCUAUUUCUCAUUUGAGCCAUCAAUACCCAGAUCCAGUCAUCCAAUCUGUACAUGGAAAACCAACAGUGGUCCAUUCAGAACCAUUAAGAAGGAACUGUUGUAUAAGGAGAACCAUAGAACUGCUGUUGCUCCAAUCAGAACCAUUUCUACUCACCACAAAAAACUACUAGUUCUCCAAUCCGAACUUCACUGAUCACCAAGAACAACCAAUCAGAACCAUCGCUGUACACUAAGAAGUACCAUUCCACCAAUCAGAGCCAACAUCUGGAACUAUCAGUCAUCUAAUCAGGACCAUCGUUGUCCAACUGGAACCAAAAUAGUUAUCAAAUAAGAAGAUUUUUCUGAUUUAUAUCCAGUCAUAAAAAGGAUAUCUGGAGAAAUGGGUGGGGCUAAAGUCCUACUCGUGAUGCUGGUGAUUGGUCUGGAAAAUGUGAACUGUGUGAACUGGAACCCAGUCCCGCGCAAGACCAUCCGAUAUCACGAAGUGAUAGACAGCAUGGCACGCUUCCGGGCAGUGGGUGUGUUUAACUACACCAUGUUGACUCUGUCUGAGCACGAGCGCGUCCUGUACGUCGGUGCCAGAGAAACGCUAUUCGCCCUCGACCCUAAUGACAUCACACGACAGCUCCGCCCACAGAUUGACUGGCCAGCCCCUGUGGAGAAGAAGAAAGAGUGUGCAGAGAGAGGAAAAAACAACCAGACGGAGUGUUUUAACUACAUCCGGUUCCUGCAGGGCUACAAUCACACACACAUGUACACAUGCGGUACCUACGCUUUCCAACCCAAGUGCACCUACAUCAAUGUGGAUCAUUUCACUCUGAACGGCGCCGCCCUGGAGGACGGGAAGGGCAAGUGUCCCUACGACCCCGCUAAAGGCCACACCGGCCUCAUCGUGGAUAAGGAGCUGUACUCUGCCACUCUGAAUAAUUUCUUGGGCACGGAGCCGGUGAUCCUGCGCAACCUGGGACAGCAGCACUACAGCAUGAAGAGCGAAUAUCUGCCGGCCUGGCUCAACGAGCCGAACUUUGUGGGUUCUGCUCUGGUGCGUGAAAGCAGGAACAGCCGCGAGGGAGACGAUGAUAAAAUCUACUUCUUCUUCAGCGAGAGAGCCGUGGAGCUCGACUGUGACGGAGACCUGACUGUAGCCCGGGUGGCCCGUGUGUGUAAGGGUGACCAGGGGGGAACUCGGACACUGCAGAAGAAGUGGACGACGUUUCAGAAAGCUCGUUUGGUUUGUUCCCUCCCUGAGCGCCACAUCACCUUCAACCACCUGCAGGCCGUCUUCACCAUGCAGGGAGCUGAUUGGAGGAGCACCGUCUUCUACGGAGUUUUCCACGCCCAGUGGGGGGACGUGGACGUCUCGGCCGUGUGUCAGUACCACAUCGGAGAUGUGAAGAGUGUGUUCGAGGGCCCGUAUAAGGAAUACCGGGAGGCGUCUCAGAGAUGGGGGAGAUACACGGGUGUCGUGCCGAACCCACGGCCCGGAGCGUGUAUCACAAACUUUGACAGAGAGAACGGUUAUAACAGCUCGCUGCAGCUGCCAGACGCCACGCUGAACUUCGCUAAGAAACACCCGCUGAUGGAGCUGAGGGCCGAAGCUCGACCCCUGAUGCUCACCAAGGGAGUGAACUUCACCCGGAUCGCAGUGGACCGAGUGAACGCCCUCGACCAGAGAGUGUACAGCGUGCUGUUUAUCGGAACAGCUGAUGGAUGGCUCCAGCGAGUGGCUAUUGUUGGAUCUGAGGCUCAUGUGAUUGAGGAGAUCCAGCUGUUUGAUUGGCCGCAACCAGUCGACAGUCUGACCAUCUCGCACAGCAAGAAGUACCUGUAUAUCGGCUCUCGGUCCGAGGUGUUACAGUUGCCCUUGGCUAACUGCAGUCGUUAUCACUCUCAGCCGGACUGCUGGCUGUCCCGAGAUCCGUACUGCGCCUGGGACAGUGAGGGACGAGCCUGUGUCCGCAUCGACCUCCACCGCGGGUCCAUGUCCACUCUCACUCAGGAUCUCAUGCUGGAGAGGUUCAAUCGAGGGUCAAAGGUCAAGUUUGAUAAGCCGGUGUCCAUCCCGAGUCCAGAACAUUCCCGGCUGAGGAAUGUGACCGUGGUGGUGGGUUCGGACCUCGUCCUGCCGUGCCAGCUGGUCUCGAACCUGGCGCGUCCCUCGUGGGCGCUGAACGAGCGUGAGUUGUUGCUCUCGUCUGACUCGGACACUUCAGGUCCCCGUUUCGACCGCGCCCUUCGUGCCCUCGUCAUCCCCCGUGCGGGCGCCGUCCAGAACGGACGCUACGUGUGCUACUCCGAGGAGCAGGGGGUGAAGUUCCAGAUGGAGCGCUACCAUGUGGCGGUGGUGGCCAGCGCCCCAGUGUUUAUGGAAGCGCGGUUGCCAGAUGCCAGCAUGGGGCUUUUCUGGGUGCUGGUGAUUGCGUUGGGCGUGACGUGUCUGGUGCUGCUCGCCGGCGCCCUCUACCUGCGCCGGAGGCUGAAGUUAGCGCUGGGGAAAGCAGGAACCGCUGAGAUGAAGCCGUUAGAGAGUACGCUGGUCUACCCGAUCACGCUGCCCAAGGAGACGCCAAGCUUCGUGCCCAGCAAGAUGCCCACCAGCUCAAACAACGACGAGGACCGGUUCUGGGAAACCGGCGCCAAUUAUUACUACUCGGACGGAUCGUUGAAGAUCGUGCCUGGACACGCUUCUUCGUCUUCUCCGAGCGCUAUUCCCGGGCAGCCGCUACACUCACCGAGCCGCCUGAGCCUCACGAACAUACGGAACUCUGGCACCAACGGGUACGUUCGACUCAGCCUGAGCGUGGCAGGCGAGGACCGGGCGAAUGGAGGGAUGAGUGCAGGAGGAGUGGGAGGAGUUGGAGCAAAGCUGGGGAUCGGUGCCAGGGAGAACGACUACACCAGCCCCUUCAAGGAGGAGCUACGGAGGACGCUGCAGCAGAGAAGCGUCCUGCCUGACGCCAACCCGGAAGAGUCAUCGGUGUAGAGCACAAACAGAGACGCCAAACUGUCGCCUACCUCCCUCCUUCACGGAGAAACAUCCUUCCUCUCUCUUUCACUAUCUCUCCUUCCAUCCAUCAGACACAUCUUCUCUCUAACUCUCGGCUAACGCCAUCAACCCAGUCCAGCAGGUGGCAUGCUAAUGCUAAUGGCUAACACCCAUACACAGAAUGCGUCAUGAUCUCUCCAUCAACAAAAUGGUUUUCAUUUCAUGGCGACGGCUAACUGAAAAAAAAAGGCUAAAAACUUUUAAAAAUUGGCCUAAAGUCCAAUUGGCCAAAUUUAGCUGUCACUCAAUCAUGUGGGAGGAGCCACACCUAUUUGCGUUCUGUUUCAGGAUUGGAUGAGGGAGGGAGGGAAAAAAAAUCGGGAAAACUUUUCAGCAAGACGACAAUCAUACUUUUUGAAAGAAAAAAGUGUGAAAGAGAAGAGAGAGGACGAAGUAAAUGAAGGGAGCUGUAAAAGAAAGCGUCAGCGAAUGACAAACAAACUGUCAGGCUUUCUAUACAGCUCGUUUUUUUUAACGUUGUUUUAUUUUUUGUUUCUUCUGAGAAUGUCUUCAGUCUCAAAGCACUAAUAUAUUGUGACGUUUGUAAUUUAAAGAUUUUUCUUCGUAUUUCUGUAACAUUCGGAACGAUGGAGAAGGACGCGGGGACGUUUUAUGGCCUCGGGUGGAAUGUGAAACGGAGGACAGGUAGUUUAUCUCUCCGUCCUUUAGCUAAGACUCGUUUUGCAAACGGAGCCGAGUGUUUGACGCUGACUCGGGAAAACUGAUGAACUGCGUUUGUGCUAAGCCAACAACUGUACAUCAUUACUGUAAAAACAAGUUUCAACAAGUGCAUUACUGCGUAUAAAUCACUUCUGGAUAGUUACUUCGCCGUGGAUAAACUGACCCUGAUUGGACGCCAAAGGCUGUAAUUGAUGCCACAUUAUCCAAUCAGAGGCUGCGUCCGAUUCAACACAGCAUCUCACACCUCCACAGACUGAAUUGUCAGACAAAAGACAAGGACAUUUUCUCGUUUUCAUAUUUUUCUGAUGUAUAACAGAAGGAGACGUGGGUCACCCAUCCGUGAGGUACUACAGCAGACUACAGCCGGUCGCUACUUUCUUGCAUGAAGCUCUACAAGCCGGCAUUUUUUUUUCUCUCCGAAGUGCAAAAGUUCACUAAGUCUUACUCAUGACUCAGACUCUUUGAAAAAAAAAAAAAAGAAUAAAUAAAAAGACAUUGUGAUUUGUUUUUGAUUUUGUUCAUUUCGCUGUGCCUCUUCAGCAUGGGCUAAGCCAAAGUAGACUGCAGAUGGUUUUCUUCUUCUCUUUCUAUCCAUUUCUUUUUUUUUUAUUCCUUAUUUAAGUUCGGAGUCCGUCCACUGCACAGAAAAGGACUGUUCUACUACAGAAGCGUACUGAGUGUUUGCUUUGUUAUUAAUCUCUUUUUUGAUGGAGAAAAAAAAAUCAAUAUAUUUUGUGGCAUGACAGCUUUAUGAUGUUUUUUCAAGCAGCUCUCUGUUCUGUUGUCCAAACGUCAGAUACGAUUAAAAAAAGAAAGAAAGAAAGAAACUCAAAAGUAAUGGAAAUUUAAUGGCGGAUUUUAGCCAUUUCACAGAAGAUUACUAUUUCUUAAUUUGUCAGUGCGCCUUGUUGUUGGUGCAAAAGCCUAAAAAAAGCAGAAAGAGUUCUCAGGGUGGAGCUUUUUAAACAUCUUAAGAAUCUACGCUAGUUACGGGCAGGCGUGUGCCGAUGAUUGGUCAUCCAUUAAACCGCAAAAUAUUUAAUAAAAAUAUAAUAAUCUUAUUGUGUAUUAACACGUCAAAAUAUGGGACGCAGGACAUGUGUCCUUCUUGGAGAAGAUUAUAAUUUAGUUCACCAGACUAAAGCGUUACAUCAAAGAGUUAAACGAGAUUCAGCUGGAAACGAAAUUUACACACUUACCUCUUAGGCCAGGUUUAUACGUAAGGAAUAAAACAGUAACAGCAAGUGUUUUAUUUCUCUUAUACCACAGUAACAAUUUCUAUUUCUUAAAAAACGACACUUUCUGCAACGUUUGUGAAACAAGUUAGUUCCUGUUCUCACUUACGUUAUAGCAGCUAUAAUCAGUCGUUCUCUCACCAGCCUCUCGUUUUUCUCUCUCUUGACGUUAAUAAGACAAAAAAAACCGCAUCUUGUCAUGUUAAAGAGAAACCACAAAGCGUAAACUCCUCUGUUCUUAAAAUUACAGCUUUACGUCUGACUGUUACAAAGCGCUGACGCUGGAGACUCCUUCCUGAAAUGUUCAUUUACAGAAAACUUCGCUAUGCCGACGGUUACACACAUCAGUUUACGUAGAGUGUCUGACCUACGAGUCCCUGCGAACGAGCUGUUACUAUAGCAACGGUAAAAUAUUAGACGGAGCGUGUAAAUAUUAACCUGCGCUUCAGUCAGAGCUUCUGUUAUAGAAAAUUAGCAUUUUUCUGACCAAUCAGAAUAGAGAAUUCAACAGCGAUGUGGUUUAAUUGCUUUUAAUUAUGUGUACGCAUAUCAAUGAGUUCCUAAUAUGUUUUGAAUAAAAAAAAAAAGCCUCAUGUAGCAUAAAAACUUUCAGAAAAAGUCAAUCUUCUGGAUUUUCUAAAUUAGUAAAUAUAUUUAAACGUAAACUCAUCGCAGCAAUCAGGACAAUGGCGGACGUUUUAAGAAGUCCAUGCACAACAAAUAUGCGUCCUAGAAUAGUUCACAUGAAAUCACUAAACUGUUUACUGGUUGGCAUGGCAACAACCGGACAGUGGAUAUCGCUUUUAAUUUUCGAGAUGUACAAAAGGUACGCAGGAGCCAAGACUACAGGAAGCCAAUAGCCACCAGGUUAGCAUCAGUUAUUUGUUAGCUACUUGUAGAAGCUGUAAGAACACUGAACAUGUCUAUGCUAAUCGAGUACAUUUGGCUAAAAAAUUGUUCAAGUGAAAAAAAUAUCGUAAUAAAUUCGUCAAAUCAUAACGUGAAACCUGAAUAUCGGCACACGCCAAGCUACGAGGUGGUUUCAGUUUUGAAGGAUUAUUUCAUGUCGCUGCCAUUUCGUUGAGCAAGAACUAAUCUGUAAAACAACGGAGCCAUAUUUAUUGCUUCGUUUAGUGCAUAUAGAGUCGGUUUCCCUUAGCAACAGUGCUACGAGGGCCUGUGAUUGGUUAAGGUUCUUCGUGCGCUAAGUAUAGUUGAGGUUAGUCGAAUUGCAUCUGCAUGCAAGUCAUUUGUGCAAAAACUACAGCCGUUUCUCAUUCACAAAAUGUAGUGCACUUCAAGACAGCAAGGGCAGACGAGUGGCGUUUGAGACACAGCCCGUGUGCUAAAGACUUUGGUAAAUUCGGCUCACGUGUACAAAGUGACCGACUUUUAAGUUAGCAAGUGCACUACACUGACAGAUUUAGAAGAAGAGUGUCGAUUGAAACACAGCCUGUGUUUUCAAUCACACAGCCACUUUUACUAAGAGCCUGGCUUUAAAGUCAUCAAGUGGACUUCAUUCACUGAUUAGGGAGUGAUGCAGUGCAUUUUAAGGGUUCAAGGGCAGAAGGCAACUCAGAUAAAGCCCAUGUGUCGCUCGUCCACCGUUAUACAGCGACUGACUUUAAAGUGCCCUACAUUUACUUUUUAAGAAGUAAUAGAGUGCACUUGACAGGUUGUAAGGGCAGAGAGUCGAGAUUGAGACACAGCCACAGUGUUUGGUUAAAAAGCCUUUGGUAUUUCUGGUCCAUGUUUAUAAAGCGACUUUAAAGUGCACUACAUACUACCGAAAGUGAUGGAGUGCACUUCAAGCAGGAUUCAGACACAGCCCAUGUGCUAAAGACUUUCAUAAAUCUGGUCCACGUUUACAAGGUGACUUUAAAGUUUGCAAGUGCACUAUAUGCUGCUGAUUCCGUAGUGAAAUGCACUUCGGUGCAAGUGGAGGAGGAGAAUUGAAACACAGCCCAUGUGCUAAAUAAAGACUUUGGAAAUUCUGGCCACUUUUAUAACCGUACUGACUUUCUCUCUCUCUCUCUCUCUCUCUCUCUUUCUCUCACACACACACACACACACACACACACACACACACACACUCCACAUGGCCUGUGUGGUGUUUAGAGACACCAUUUCUGCUCUUCUUUCGUGGCCAAAUGUUAAUCUGCUCUUUUAUGGUUCUUGUUGUUUUUGUUUGUUUGUUUGUUCGUUCGUUCGUUUUGUGUUUUUUUUUUUACUUUAUUGCCUGCUUUUUUUAAUAAAUGUGUCUUGUGUUUUUUUUUUUUUUUUUUACUAUUAUUAUUUUAUAAUUUUAAGUAUAAUGUUUAGUAACUUAUUUCGCUUGUACAAAAAACUCCAAAUGUCGAUAUUUAUUAUUAAUGUACAUAUGUCCUUAUUUUUUAUAUAUGUACAUAUUCACAUGAAAUAAAGUUCAAUUCACUAACUGUGA